AUGUCUCCAUAUCAAUUGGUGUAUGCAAAGACUUGUCAUCUGCCUGUAGAACUUGAGCAUAGAACAUUUUGGGCUCUUAAAGUGCUGAAUUUUGACAAUCAUGCUGUGGGUGAAAGGAGGAAGCUACAGCUAAAUGAACUGGAAGAAUUUAGGAUUCAAGCCUAUGACAAUGCAAGGAUCUAUAAAGAGAAGACAAAAAAAUUGUAUGAUCAAAGGCUAGCACAAAGAAACUUUGCAGAACGACAAAGAGUCCUCCUCUACAACUCCAGGCUCAAAUUCUUCCCAGAAAAACUGAAAUCAAGAUGGUUAGGACUAUUCACAAUCACUAAAGUUUCACCAUAUGGUCAUGUAGAAAUCAUGGAGGAGAAAUCACAAAGGACCUUCACUGUUAAUGCUCACAGGCUCAAGCAUUACCUAGGAGAGCAAUUGAAGGAGCAUAUGGUGAACUACAACCUCAGCUAA